AAACACACACAUAUCUUGUGAAAAUGUCUCUCCCAAUUCUCUUCAUCUUUUCGGUACUCCUAAUUUCCUCCUUCCCUCCUCACACUGCAGCACUAGACUUCUGCAUUGCAGACCUAACAUUGCCUACAGGACCAGUAGGCUACCCCUGCAAGAACCCAGCCAAUGUGACCACGGACGAUUUCGUAUAUUCUGGGCUAGGCACUGCAGGUAACACCUCCAAUAGUCUUUUCAAAUCUGCAGUGACCACCGCAUUUGUUACCCAAUUCCCUGGCUUGAACGGGCUAGGCCUAUCCAUGGCCCGGGGAGACUUAGCCCCCGGGGGAGUGAUACCAAUGCACACACACCCUAGUGCACAUGAACUCUUGAUUAUUAUUGAAGGGUCAGUUGUUGCAGGAUUGAUAUCUUCUUCAGACAACCAAGUUUACUUGAAAACUCUUAACAAGGGAGACAUUAUGCUUUUUCCUAAAGGCUUACUACACUUCCAAGUCAAUACAGGACGAGUUCCGGUUAUCGAAUUUGUUAGUUUCAGUGAUCCAGACCCUGGUCUCCAAACCGUAGACAAUGCUUUGUUUGCUAACAGCUUGCCUUCUGAAUACAUUGAGAAGGUCACUUUCCUUGAUGAUGCUCAAGUGAAGAAGCUCGAGGCUGUUUUUGGUGGCACUGGUUAAGCUCUCCCUCAACAUUAAUAUGGCGUUUUUCUGGUUUCUUGAUUUGCAUGUUGUGCAAGCUAAUUAAGGU